AUGAAAGAGAUUCAUGACUACAUGAAUGAACAAUUUCACCCAAAGCGUUUUAUUGUUCGGGAGAGGUUCAAGUUUUGGAGCCAUAUGACAAGGAAGCCAGGUGGAAGCAUUCACGAAUUGGUAACAAGAAUACGACAAGAUGCAGUAACCUGUGAUUUUCCUUCUAUAACGGAUCCUUUGGAUGAAGCGAUGAGAACAAGGUUCAUUUGUUCUAUCAACAACGAAGCGGUGCUAAAGGCCCUUUUCAAAGUCAAAGAUGAUGAGCUCACUUUUGUUAAAGCUGUCCAACUGGCGAUAGAAAUAGAAGACGCUGCCAAAGUAGCUAAGGAAACAGUUCAAGGCCGGGAAACCUGGCUGAACCUGGAAACAGAGCAUCCACAGGGUACUCAACAGGAGCUGGGUUUCAAUGUAACGGAGUUACCCGAUCUUAAUCUACUGGGACGGAGUGCAAUCAAGCAACUUGGUAUAUCAGCGGAUACGCUUAUGGGACUGAAUACCGCUGACCAACAAUGUCAUGCUGUGUUUGAGGAGCUGAAACCUAAACUCAAGUUGCAGGAGGAAUGUCACAAAUUGUGUGCAAGGGCGGUACCAUUCGCAAUACAAGACCUAUCUCAAGCGUAUGAAGCAGGAGUCAAACGCACAGUUUGGAAAAGAACCCAGUUCUACGAGUAUGGUACACCUGUAGUGCCGAUUCGAAAACCUCUACGCGAAGGUCAGAACAAGGCUCAACUACGAGUUUGCGGAGAUUAUUCUGUGGUUGUUAACGCACAGUUAGAACAACACCGUCACCCUAUACCAUCACCGGAGAAACUGAUGCAGAAAUUAUCCGGAGGGUAUGGCUUCACCAAGAUUGACCUAGCGGAUGCCUACAAUCAGAUUCCGCUAGGUCCUGAAUCACAGAAAAGGCUGGCGUCAAGUACACAUCAAGGUGUUCUACUCCAGAUGAGACUUACGUUUGGAAUUUCAUCCGCUCCGGGUUAUUUCCAAGAAAUAAUGGAUCAGCUAACGUGUGAUCUACCAGGAGUGGCGGUGUAUCUGGAUGAUAUCUUGGUCAGCGGUGCAACUGCUCAAGAACAUCUCAGCAAUUUGAGGAGAUUAUUACAAAGGCUGAGCGACAAGGGACUGCGAUGUCGCUUAGAGAAGUGCUCGUUCGCACAACCUUACGUGGAAUACUUGGGACAUCUCUUGUCAGAGGGAUUGCGAAAGGUCCUAAGGUUGAUGCUGUCAUGA